AUAUUUUCAACUAAAAUGUAAGUGAAUAACUGAGAAUAUGAGCAUUCUACUCCAAAUAAGAUGGUGCUGAGAGGGCUGGAGCAGCACCUGAGACAUGAUGAAUGGGAUACUGGGAGUGCUGAGCUGCCUGUGAUGUCAGACUUGAGGUUAAAAGAUGAGUCUUUUACCUCAGUGAGGGGAGAAUGAACACCCAACUCAAAGCUGCCUGACACAUGUGAGAUAAAAAUUUUGUAGCUGGCUUGAUUCUGUGCCAUUUUUCUGCACAGUGGGAACAACAGAUGCUCGGACUUUUUGACAGGAGAGACUAGAUUUCUGCUAACUCACUAGAUGACUCUGUGAACAGGCUAUUCAAUAAAGCUGUACAAAUCAUCAGGUGAUUCACCAAGAUCACCUAUGCCUACUGAGUCUUUCCCCUAGAGUCCGAAAAAUAUCAUCCCCUAAAGGAUUGUGUGCUUAAUGGAUGUGGGGCUGGGUAAUCUCAUGGAGUGGAAAGGGGGAAAAUGAUUUUCUCCCCAGAGAAUGGCAUCUCUUGAACGCCAGUGAGAACAGAGCUGAGACUCUCUCAAAGAAAAGGUGUAGGAGUUACCCGGACAUGCAUAGCUGUCUAUACUUGGGGGCAGGGAACACUCUGCAGGGCCUGGCUAGUAGUUACUUAAGAUGCCUAUCACAGGGUUAAGAGCUUAAAAAAAAGUUUUGAGACAUCUGCUUAUCAUAAUAGCUCCAGUCAUUAUGAGAAGACAAAAUCACGGCUACUUAGAUGUACGUAGACUUUGUGUUCACACUUCAAUAAUGUGGGUGUUUCUUACUAAGACUGAUAAAUGUUUUGUUAGCCUAUAAAUGAUGAGUGAUUUCUGAAACUAAUUUAUAGGUAUUCAUUCAUGUUAGAAUUUCAUAAAGUAUUUUCAAAUCAGGUAUUUCUAGAGUGACUGACUACAGCUUCAAUGGCCAGUUGCCAUGAAUUAUUAAACUCUUUUUUUUUUCUAACUUCCAAAUCUUCCAGUAGACGUCUAGAGUUUAGCUAGAGUUUUGGCUACGAUACAAACAGUGAUGGAAAACAUAUGAGCAGUAACAAGUUUUAAUCUCGCUCUUCAGUACUAACAUGGACUAAUCUGUGGAAGCAGUUUAUUCCAGUAUCACCCAGGACGCAGCCACACCAGAGGCUGUGUUAGGCAGGCUAAUUCUUUUCCUUUUCUUUUAAAUGUAACACUUCUUCAUCUUUUCUUCUUAAAGAGUCUUGAGGAUACUUACAUUGUAGCUAAGUAGUACAGGGUGGAUAACUACUUUGAAGAAAUCUUCUCUUUCCUGACAAGGUUGCACGUGUACACAGGACAGCAUGAAGGAGUAUAUGAUGCUGUUGCUUUUGGCUGUGUGCUCUGCUAAACCCUCCUUGAGCCCUUCACACACAGCAGUGAAGAACAUGAUGCUGAAGGACAUGGAGGACACAGACGAUGACAGCGACGAUGACAACAACUCUCUUUUUCCAACAAAGGAGCCAGUGAACCCCUUUUUCCCUUUCGACUUGUUCCCAACAUGUCCAUUUGGAUGCCAGUGCUACUCUCGAGUUGUCCACUGUUCAGACCUAGGUUUGACCUCCGUCCCAAGCAACAUUCCAUUUGACACUCGAAUGGUUGACCUUCAAAAUAAUAAAAUUAAGGAAAUUAAAGAAAAUGAUUUUAGAGGACUCACUUCACUUUAUGCUCUGAUUCUGAACAACAACAAGCUAACAAAGAUUCAUCCAAAAACCUUUCUAACCACAAAGAAGUUGAGAAGGCUAUAUUUAUCCCACAAUCAGCUAAGUGAAAUUCCACUUAACCUUCCCAAAUCAUUAGCAGAACUCAGAAUUCAUGAUAAUAAAGUUAAGAAAAUACAAAAGGACACGUUCAAAGGAAUGAAUGCUUUACAUGUUUUGGAAAUGAGUGCAAACCCUCUUGACAACAAUGGGAUAGAACCAGGAGCAUUUGAAGGAGUGACAGUAUUCCAUAUCAGGAUUGCUGAGGCAAAACUAACCUCAAUCCCAAAAGGCCUACCACCAACCUUACUUGAGCUUCAUUUAGAUUUUAAUAAAAUUUCAACCGUGGAACUUGAAGAUUUUAAACGAUACAAAGAACUACAAAGGCUGGGUCUUGGAAACAACAGAAUCACAGAUAUUGAAAAUGGAAGUUUUGCUAAUAUACCACGUGUGAGAGAGAUACACUUGGAACACAAUAAACUAAAAAAAAUCCCUUCAGGAAUACAAGAGUUGAAAUACCUCCAGAUAAUCUUCCUUCAUUAUAAUUCAAUUACAAAAGUUGGGGUGAAUGACUUCUGUCCGACAGUGCCAAAGAUGAAGAAAUCAUUAUACAGUGCAAUAAGUUUAUUCAACAACCCAGUGAAGUACUGGGAAAUACAACCUGCAACAUUUCGUUGUGUUCUCGGCAGAAUGAGCGUUCAGCUCGGGAAUGUUGGAAAAUAGUAAUUAAUGAUAUCCACUGAAUAUAAUAUUCAAAAAUUUAUACAUUUGGAAUACUUGAAAUGUACUAACAAUGGUAGCAUGAUUCACAUAAGCAAAACUCUAUUCCAUAUGGUCAAUGACAAAAAAUUUCAACAGAAUUUUGCCCAACUAUCGAUACUCAGAAUAAACAUCUAUUACAGUGUCCCUUUGCA